CCAUGGGGAAGGCAGAGAACUAUGAGCUGUACUCAGUGGAGCUGGGUCCGGGCCCUCGUGGGGACAUGGCAGCCAAGAUGAGCAAGAAGAAGGCGGGCGGUGGUGGAGGGAAGAAGAAGGAGAAGCUAGAGAACAUGAAGAAGGAGAUGGAGAUUAACGACCACCAGCUGUCAGUGGCAGAACUGGAACAGAAGUACCAGACCAGUGCAAUCAAGGGCCUGUCGGCAAGCCUGGCAGCUGAACUGCUGCUGCGAGACGGGCCCAACGCACUAAGGCCACCUCGGGGAACCCCUGAGUACGUGAAGUUUGCACGACAACUGGCAGGAGGUCUGCAGUGUCUCAUGUGGGUGGCUGCUGCCAUCUGCCUCAUUGCCUUCAGCAUCCAGGCCAGUGAGGGUGACCUAACCACUGACGACAAUCUAUACUUGGCACUGGCUCUCAUCGCUGUGGUAGUGGUCACUGGCUGCUUUGGCUACUAUCAGGAGUUUAAGAGCACCAACAUUAUCGCCAGCUUCAAGAACCUUGUACCCCAGCAAGCAACUGUGAUCCGAGAUGGGGACAAGUUCCAGAUCAACGCAGACCAGCUGGUGGUAGGCGACCUGGUAGAAAUGAAAGGUGGGGAUCGAGUGCCAGCCGAUAUCCGCAUCCUGGCAGCCCAGGGCUGCAAGGUGGACAACUCCUCGCUGACUGGAGAGUCUGAGCCGCAGACCCGCUCGCCUGAAUGUACACACGACAGCCCUCUGGAGACCCGCAACAUCGCCUUCUUCUCCACCAUGUGUCUUGAGGGUACAGCUCAGGGCCUGGUGGUGAGCACAGGGGACCGCACCAUAAUUGGGCGCAUUGCAUCUCUGGCAUCAGGAGUGGAAAACGAAAAGACACCCAUUGCUAUUGAGAUCGAACACUUUGUGGACAUCAUCGCAGGCCUGGCCAUCCUCUUUGGUGCAACAUUUUUUGUGGUGGCCAUGUGCAUUGGCUACACCUUCCUGCGGGCCAUGGUCUUCUUCAUGGCUAUUGUGGUGGCAUAUGUGCCUGAGGGACUGUUGGCCACUGUCACGGUCUGCCUGUCUCUGACAGCCAAGCGGCUUGCCAGCAAGAACUGUGUGGUCAAGAACCUGGAGGCAGUGGAAACUCUGGGCUCUACAUCAGUAAUCUGCUCUGACAAGACAGGAACCCUCACUCAGAACCGCAUGACUGUGUCCCAUCUGUGGUUUGACAACCACAUCCACUCAGCAGAUACCACAGAAGACCAGUCAGGACAGACAUUUGACCAGUCUUCGGAGACAUGGCGGGCCCUGUGCCGCGUGCUCACCCUGUGCAACAGAGCUGCCUUCAGGUCCGGCCAGGACGCGGUGCCGGUGCCCAAGCGCAUCGUGAUCGGUGACGCGUCCGAGACCGCGCUACUCAAGUUCUCUGAGCUGACGCUGGGCAACGCCAUGGGCUACCGCGAGCGCUUCCCCAAAGUCUGCGAGAUCCCCUUCAACUCCACCAACAAGUUUCAGCUGUCUAUCCACACACUGGAGGAUCCACGGGACCCACGGCACGUGCUUGUGAUGAAAGGCGCCCCAGAGCGCGUGCUGGAGCGCUGUAGCUCGAUCCUCAUCAAGGGCCAGGAGUUGCCGCUGGACGAGCAGUGGCGCGAGGCCUUCCAGACGGCCUACCUCAGCCUGGGAGGGCUGGGUGAACGAGUGCUUGGCUUCUGCCAGCUCUACCUGAGUGAGAAGGACUACCCACCUGGCUAUGCCUUUGACGUGGAGGCCAUGAACUUUCCAACUAGCAACCUGUGCUUUGCGGGACUGGUAUCCAUGAUAGACCCACCCCGAGCCACUGUUCCAGACGCCGUGCUCAAGUGUCGUACAGCAGGCAUCCGGGUGAUCAUGGUGACAGGUGACCACCCCAUCACAGCCAAGGCCAUCGCAGCCAGUGUGGGCAUCAUCUCAGAGGGCAGUGAGACAGUGGAGGACAUCGCUGCCCGCCUCCGAGUGCCCGUGGACCAGGUUAAUCGGAAGGAUGCCCGCGCGUGUGUCAUCAAUGGCAUGCAGCUGAAGGACAUGGACCCAUCAGAGCUGGUUGAGGCACUUCGCACCCACCCUGAGAUGGUGUUCGCCCGCACCAGUCCCCAGCAGAAGCUGGUGAUUGUGGAGAGCUGCCAACGACUGGGUGCAAUCGUGGCUGUGACAGGGGAUGGUGUGAAUGACUCCCCAGCCCUGAAGAAGGCAGACAUUGGUGUGGCCAUGGGCAUUGCUGGCUCAGAUGCUGCCAAAAAUGCAGCCGACAUGAUCCUCCUGGAUGACAACUUCGCCUCCAUUGUGACGGGCGUGGAGCAGGGGCGGCUGAUCUUUGACAACCUGAAGAAGUCCAUUGCCUAUACACUGACCAAGAACAUCCCUGAGCUGACGCCAUACCUCAUUUACAUCACAGUCAGUGUGCCCCUACCCCUUGGGUGCAUCACCAUCCUCUUCAUAGAACUCUGCACUGAUAUAUUCCCAUCUGUGUCUCUGGCCUACGAGAAGGCGGAGAGUGACAUCAUGCACCUGCGGCCACGGAACCCAAAGCGUGACAGAUUGGUCAAUGAACCCCUGGCUGCCUACUCCUACUUUCAGAUUGGUGCCAUCCAGUCAUUUGCUGGCUUCACUGACUACUUCACAGCCAUGGCCCAGGAGGGAUGGUUUCCACUGCUGUGUGUGGGGCUACGGCCACAGUGGGAGAACCACCACCUACAAGAUCUGCAGGACAGCUAUGGCCAGGAGUGGACAUUCGGGCAGCGCCUGUACCAACAGUACACCUGUUACACCGUGUUUUUUAUCAGCAUCGAAAUGUGCCAGAUAGCCGACGUCCUCAUCCGCAAGACACGCCGCCUUUCCGCCUUCCAGCAGGGCUUCUUCAGGAAUAGGAUCCUGGUGAUUGCCAUUGUGUUCCAGGUGUGCAUUGGCUGUUUCCUGUGUUACUGCCCUGGAAUGCCUAACAUCUUCAACUUCAUGCCCAUUCGGUUCCAGUGGUGGCUGGUCCCCAUGCCCUUCGGCCUCCUCAUCUUCGUUUAUGAUGAGCUGCGGAAACUUGGAGUUCGUUGUUGUCCAGGGAGCUGGUGGGACCAGGAACUCUAUUAUUAG